AUGGUCGAAUUAGUUGAAGUCGAGGACGAGUCCUUCGAGAGCAAGCAGGCCGGCCCAGAAGAGAAUGAGGAUGACUACUAUACCGAUACUGAUUCUGAGAUCUCUACCGAUGAUGAGGAUGAUGUUCCGGUGGAGGAGACGCUCGCCGACCGUAUAUUGGCGCUGAAAGACAUAAUACCCCCUACGACUCGAUCAUACAUCGCAAGCAAAGUAGAAAGCGGUACUGGAUGGGUCAAAUCGGGAUUACUCUUCAGUGGUAAGGGACUGUGGAUUGUCAGCACGAGCGUACUUCUUUUGGGUGUCCCAUGGGCAUUGGCAUUUGUGGAGGAGCAGCAGGUGGUUGAGAUGGAGAAUGAGAUGAAGAUGAGAGAGCAGGGCACAAAAGACAUCUUCACUGAAGGCUCAACUGCUGGCAAUGUGCAAGCUCAGCUCAAUGCACAGGCCAAGCCAGCUUUAUGGCCCCUGGUUCUUCGUUUCUGGAAGGGGUCAAUUCAUGGCAGAAUUGCUCUACCGGUUUUUUGCCAUGCUAUCCUCGCCGCGUUUAUCGUCUAUGUAAAUCAGCAUAUCAAUAGCGACUUCAAUCUGCCCAGCAGCAUUAUUCCCUCGCUCUCAAUUGUCGUUGGUCUUAUGCUAGUAUUCCGCAAUCAGACCGCUUAUUCUCGUUUCUGGGGCGGAAGAUGUCAUCUCAAUAUAGUGACAACAGCCAUAAGAUGUAUCACGCGACAAAUCCUGGUGCUCGUUCCACCUCCCGAGUUAUCGGGCUUACAUACUGUCCUUUCGACGGAUAGCAUGUUACCGAAUAAUAUUCAUAGCAGGAUUCAUAGUAGGACUCAUAGUAGGACUCAGUCCACUGCAGGAACCCCAAGAGAUUCUAAUCUAAAUGAUGUGGAUAGAGGACUGUCCAAAUUCGACGAGCUGAGGACCAUUGAGACAGUCAAGAUCUUGAUUGCUAUGCUUUAUACGAUUAAGAAUCAUCUGAGGGCGGAGUGGGGUGUGGCGCUGAGUCCUGGAACGAGCUUGACGGCUGAUGGCCAGGAGGCUACGCAUGAGGAGUAUAAGGAUUUGUUGCCUGUGGGGAUGAAGGGAUAUGAGCAUAGGGGUUUGGGAUUGACGCUGGAGUUGGCGACAUUUGUGGAGAAGUUUGUCAAUGAUGGAGUGAGGAAGGAGUGGUUUCAUAAUGCUGCCUCUUCAAGGAUGCUCUCUUCGCUAGAUGACCUGACCAAGGCAUAUGGGAGCAUGGAGGUCAUCCGUUUAGUACCUAUCCCGGUCGCUCAUUUAAUCCACCACAAACAAACUCUUGCCUUAUUUUGUGGGAUAUUACCCUUCGCCAUGUGCUCUGAGAUGGAUUGGUGGGCUGUACCACUCACAGCAUUUGUAGCCUUCACACUUUACGGUAUAGAAGGCAUUGCGGCAACUUAUGAGGAUCCUUUUGGUGUUGAGAAGAUUGACAUCAACAUGGAUGACAUAGUCGACGACGCUCGUCGUGAAGUGGAAGUCCUUCUCACGGCCUGGCAAACUCAAGGUUCAUCUUCUGGAGGUAUAUUUAGACCUCGAGGAGGUUCCAUCCCGAAAAGCGAUGAUGAUAGCGAGUACUACAGUGAUCUUCUAGAUGCAGCAAGCGAUACUCUAUUCCGAAAUGAUCUUGGUAGACCCGGUCGAGGGUUAGGGAUAGUGAGAGAUGAAAACGGAGGUGGAAGCGGAACCAGAAGUCCACUAAGUAGUAUGAGCCGGCAGGGAAGCGAUUUGAGGAACCAGGUUCGGUUUGUGGUAAGUGAAGCAAAUGAUGCUACACUCGGCGAUGAGGAGAUAUUGAGAGGGCGGAUGCAGAGUGUCGUGAGUCCUGGCACGAUGACUGAGAAUAGUGAGUAUUUCAGCGCGUAG